AUCUAAUGUCUAUGUAUAUGUCUACAUAUUUACAAAAGAACCGUAUUUUGUUAUUGUUUACCUUUAUCGAUGCAGUUUCAGUUUCGAAAACAGCUAAUAGUAUGUGCCAUUCCUGCUGUUACUUGUAGCUUUCAAAAUAAUCAGAGCCUUAAGUAAUUAGAAAAUGAUCAAGUUCUGGAAAAGCGCUGCAAAAGGCAAAACUGGCUGUCCUGUCCGGCCACCGGAAUCGAGUUAUAUAAACAAUUCUCAAUUUACAACUCCUGUCAGCUCAAGAACAGGAGGUGAAGUAGAAGGUACAUCUUCAAAACUGUGAGUUACAUGUUUCUAAAUGUAAAUAAUUUUUACUUAAAAUAAUAUGAUCCAUUGCAGAUCUGACGGACAUAUUCGAUAAAAAAUCAAAACUUUCGUUAAAUAUACAUGAUAUAUUAAUUGAAAAAAAAUCAAUUAAGCAUUUUAUUUCGUAUAUGGAAGUCAUUGGCAAAGUUGAAUUGAUUCAAUGUUGGUUAGAGUUGGAGAACUUUAAGACCAAUAUACAACACAAAGACACUAAAAAAUUACCAAUUGAAAAUAGUGCAGAAAAAAAGGAUAGCCAAUGUGAAUGUAACUUGCUACAAAAAGAUUACAAAGAAAUAAUGUCUCGAAAAAUAAAUUUUACUUCUAUUAAUAAUUUAAGUCAUAUGAAUGCAUUAAGUAACAACUCUUUUGAAAACCUAAGUGAUAUUAAAAAAGUAUUAGAAACAUGUAGGUUCUGCCACAAAAUAGUAAAAAGUGAUCCAACUGAAGAAGCCAUUAUGCUAUUUAAAAAAUAUGUAGCUCUUGAAGCACCAUAUCAAUUGGAUUUGACGGAUGCAGUAAGAAAAUGUGUUAUAUCUAAUAUUUGUCAACCAGAAGGAUCCAUUAAUGAAGAUUGUUUUAAACCUGUGCAAGACGCCUUAUUCCUUAUAAUUCAGAAUAGUUAUAUUGAUGGUUUCUUUGAUAGCCCACAUUACAUCAAAGCUCAAAUUGAUGUAUUAACCACUGGUUCUAUUAAUCUUCAAGAUAUUUUAUAUAAUGAAUCAAUAUUAUUUUACUUUACUGAAUAUUUAGAACAAGAAUCAUGUAGUAUAUUCUUAGAAUUCAUAAUGUCAGUUAUGCAUUUCAGAGACCACUUAAUUAACAAUUAUUCUCCCAACCCUGAGCAAGCCCAAGGUGAUGCUAUAGUUCUUUAUGAAAAAUAUUUUUCACUACAAGCAACAAACCCAAUUAGUUUUCCUACAGAAAUUCGACUACAAGUUGAAAGUGAUAUAUGCAGGGAAGGGGGCCCUCUUGCUACAUGUUUUGACACACCUUACAAAGUUAUAUUUAAAACACUGUCAAAUUAUGCAAAAUUGUUUCUGGAAUCUGAACUAUUUUAUACUUAUCUUUCUGAAAUGAUUCAAUCUGUAAAUCAAUUAUGGAACUCUAAGUUUAAGUCUCAUUCGGACUGUAGCAGUGAAUUUAGUGUUAGUACUCAAAAUACUCUUCUUGCUAUGGGCAAUCCUCUCUAUAGAAAAAAACGCAAUCACUCUGUACCUGAUAUGACUAUAGAUACUAAUCAGCUGUAUAAUGCGGAUUCAUUAUGGCAAAGAAAAAAACAUGAUGGUUUAAUUCUUGGUAGAAUUAAUAGUCUUGGCAGAUUCGAGUCUAAAUUUGAACCAGAUCCAGACAAAAAAGACAAAUCAGUUUUGAAAAAAAUGGUUAAUCGCUUAGUGCCAACAAAUUCAUCGAGAGUAGAAGAAGAAAUGGCCUGGCAAAUUGCUCAUAUGAUUGUUAAAGAUAUUACCGACUUAACUAUGGCACCACCAGGGUCAGAUUAAGCCAUGUAGAGACCUCUUGGUAAUGCAGGGCUAGGAAGUCUUAUCUUAUUUUACAACUUCCUAAGUCACAUAAAUUAUAUUUUUCUUAGGCCACAGGGUUUUAAGCAAACAGGACUUACUUUGCCCAUAAGUUAAUCUGGCUUUGCACAUCAAAAAGUGAUUAUGAAGUUUAAAUGUGAUGAUAGAAUUUAAAAUUAGAAUGUAAUAUGUAAAUUGUAUAUAAAAUUGUGUAUAAAAGCUAAAAUAAUAAAUUGUAUACU